GUAAUUCAAACAUAUAUGUACGUAAACAGCAUAGGGCCAGUGAAUGCCAUUAAUAUGGAAUAUACAAUUGAUAUAUUUUUUUCUCAGUCCUGGUAUGACAGACGACUGAAAUUUAACAGCACAAUGAAAGUAUUAAGACUCAAUAGCAAUAUGGUUGGUAAAAUCUGGAUACCAGACACUUUUUUUCGUAACUCCAAAAAAGCAGAUGCCCAUUGGAUAACAACGCCCAAUCGAUUGUUGAGGAUUUGGAAUGAUGGAAGAGUCUUGUAUACCCUUAGGCUUACAAUUGAUGCUGAGUGCCAGUUGCAGCUUUAUAACUUUCCAAUGGAUGAGCAUUCUUGUCCUCUUCAAUUCUCCAGCUAUGGAUAUCCUAAGGAAGAAAUUAUUUAUCAGUGGAAAAGCAGUUCGGUUGAUGUGGGAGACAUCAGAUCUUGGAGACUUUAUCAGUUCUCAUUUGUUGGGCUAAGAAAUAACACCAAUGAAGUGAAGACAACUUCAGGAGAUUAUAUUGUAAUGACAGUGUACUUUGAUCUAAGUAGGAGAAUGGGAUAUUUCACUAUUCAAACCUAUAUUCCUUGUACACUAAUUGUUGUUCUCUCAUGGGUAUCAUUUUGGAUCAACAAGGAUGCAGUACCAGCAAGGACAUCGUUAGGUAUUACAACAGUAUUGACAAUGACCACUCUUAGUACAAUUGCACGGAAAUCUCUACCCAAGGUGUCUUAUGUGACAGCUAUGGACCUCUUUGUCUCAGUCUGUUUUAUUUUUGUGUUCGCUGCUUUGAUUGAAUAUGGAACACUUCACUAUUUUGUCAGCAACAGAAAGCCAAGCAAGGGGAAAGAAAAAAAGAAGAAAAAUCCUGAUUCUUCAAGAAAUAUCCCAGAACAAAUCCAAAUGGAGACUCCUAGUGUGGCACCAACCAUUGAUAUUCGUCCACGCUCAGCAACUUUUCAGAUGAAUAAUGCUACACACCUGCAAGAGAGAGAUGAAGAAUAUGGAUACGAAUGUCUUGAUGGAAAAGAUUGCGCCAGUUUCUUCUGCUGUUUUGAGGACUGUCGAACUGGUGCAUGGCGACAUGGAAGAAUACACAUUCGUUUUGCCAAAAUGGACAAUUACUCACGGAUCUUCUUCCCAACUGCCUUCUGCUUGUUUAAUUUGGUUUAUUGGGUAUCAUACAUGUACCUUUAGAAUUCCGCAACAUAUCAUGAAAAUGGAAAAUUGACAUGGGCCUUAUAACACAAUUUCAUAUACCAAGUAAUUUGUGAUGUGUAUUCUACCCGUAUACACUUGACCU